CAAGUCGUUUCGCCUUGGUUUCCUUCCAGACUUGCGGCCUGCAGCCGCCCUUUCACAGGCCCACGUUGCCUGCAUGCCAGGUCAGACAGUUCCGUCCGGACCCUCCGGCGCCAUGAAUUCUUCAGCGUCUCCGCCUUUGCGCCGCCUCUCCAUGCUCGAUUCUCCGCCCGCGGCGAGGAAGGCCAGUGAGGCGGCCCCCGCGUCGUGGAUGCGCAGCGAGGAAGCGUUGAGCACCCUCUUGGAGAAGCACGGCGUGAACACCCAGCUCUUUGGCGUGGGCUCCGCGAAGACGAUUUCGCAGCUCUUGGGGGAGCUGCGCGGCCAGUCCUGCUUCCUGGAGUUCCCCGGCGCUCACGAGGGCACCCGCGACCUUUCUCAGCAGAGGAGCUCCCAGGUGCUCCGCAUCGUGGAGCCGGUCUUCAUCCGCCUGCGCUGGCGCGGGCGCGUGCUAGUGCAGGAAUCGCAAAGGAUGGUGGACGGACGCAUGCGUCAGCGCAACAUGCUCCUCGCCGAGAAGAAAGAACCCAGCGACGGCGGUGGCUUCAUGGCAACAGUGGUGCGUGGGCUGAACGAGGAGCUCGGCAUCCCGCGCGAGGUUUUGCUUCAGGACGGAGCGCUCCGUUACCGCCCAGACACUUACCACUUCGAGAUCGAGCAGAUUGAGUCGCCCUCCUACCCCAGCUUGUUGUCGGUCUACCGCACGCACCACGUGCAGGUCGACAUCCUUGACGGUGGCCUCCACCUAUUCUCCAAGUGCGGUUUGCCUGGGUGCACACCCUUCACCACGUCGGAAACCAGCUCGCUCGGCACCACGACGCACUUCUGGAGGUGGAGCGACGCCGAGAAGGCGCUGCAGGAAGGUGUGGUGAAAUUCCCGCCCAAGAUGAUGUCGUCCAGCAGCCCGUCGUCGGCCCUCGCGGGUGCAGAAGAGAAGGCGGGAGACCACGACACGCGCGCAUUGGGGUCAGGGGAGCUGUCCAGCGAGGAGGCCCUGGCAGGUGUCAUGCGGGCCGGGGGGAUCGACCCGGCCAGCUAUGGGACGGGGAAGGCGAAAUCCUUGUCCGCGCUCCUCAAGGAGGUCCAGGGGGGUGAGUCGUGCCUGGAGAGGACGGAGGGCACCCCGGGCCUGCAGCGCGUUGUGGAGCCAGUGUUCGUGCAGCUGCGCUGGGGCGACCGGGUGCUCGUGGAGGUGGAGCAGCGCCUCAGUGGUGGCACGACCCGCCAGCGCAACAUGCUGCUGGCAGAGAAGAAGAACCCGAAUGACGCAGACGCCGCGGUGACGGCCAUUCGCGGUAUCUUCGAGGAGCUCGACCUGCCCUCAGACCUGUCGCCGCCUGAGGACUACUUCCAGUUUGUGCCAGAGACGUACUGCUGCCUGUCAGAGCACAUGGAGUCGGCUUCUUUUCCGGGUCUCCCUUGCGUCUACACCACGCAUUACUGCAGCGUGCAGGUGGUAGAGUCAGGGCUGGAGAGGCUGCGGCAGACUGGAAUCCUGGAGGACGAGUUCGAGACGAAGGAGGCAGACAAGGUCAACGUUUGGAGGUGGACCGACACCAGCAAGGCUCAUGAGAGCAAGGUGAAGGGAUUGCCAGACAUCAAGGCGCUCUCCGCCGCAGACGCUGGUGACCCCUCUAAGGGCCAGGAGUCCUCCUUCGAGCCCGUCGGUAGUGUCCCGUUGGAGCCUGGGCUGCUGCGGGCCCUCCUCGAAAUGGGUGGCGUGAACGUUUGCUUAUGGGGAGAGUUCACGGUCGCCUCGCUGCGCUCGCUUGCGGAUGAGCUGGAAACGGGGGCGUCGAGGCUGGAGAGGGACGUGAGCACUGGAAGGCUGCGGCGAGUGGUGAACUCGAGCCUCGUGCACUUCAACCUUUCGAGCUCGGCUGGACGCGACCAGGCCCUGGACAACGUGCAGUACAGGCAGGACCUGGAGUGCUUCGAGGUGGUGCACGUCGACUUUGCCUCGUACCCUGGGCUGCCAUGCGUCCACCAAACGCGCCGGAUGCAAUUUGACGAAGCGGGUCGAGGGCGCACCGGUAGCAAGAACUUGGGCGAAACGCCCAGGGGAGGUGGCGAGGCGAUCGCCAGUUGCGCAGAGCUUGGUAAGCAGAGUUCUACGCCUGCAGACGUGCAGCUCCCGCGCCUGAUCGGGCGCAGCGAUGCAGGCAGCGCAGGCCCCGCCCUGCAGAGUCCCAAGGACCCUGCAUCCAGCCGUGUUGAUAUCAGUCGCUUCACAUCGACAGCGAGCUUGGACUCAGACUGCGGUACUCCCUUUAGCAAGCGCGAUGGUUCGGUGGUCUCUAUCAGCUCUAUCUCCGAUGGAGACGACUGCCUCAUGCCCACGCUAUACAGUCAGCUGCAAAGUAUCCGCAGCAAGCUGCGAUUCAAGAUGGUCGCGAAGGAACAAACCGAUUCCGCUAAAAGCCCACCGGAUCAGGUUGUGGUUUGUUCGUGCAGUAUCCAGCUGAUCCGCAAUGUCAACCCCCUGAACUCCACUUUCCAGUGCCGCUUCACGAUCUUUGUCGAGUGGCUGGACAAGGCAGCAGUCGGCCUCCCCACGGGCGAUCUGGAUGAGGCCUCGGCGGGCUUGCUGAGCAUCCCCGAGAUAGAGUUGCAGAACACCCUGGCCACCAGCUUGAAGAUCCGGUCGCGGCCCAGGGUCGUUUCCUCGGAGACAGGCCACGUAGCGUGUAAGAUCCUGUACCAGGCCCUCGUCCAGAUGGAGCUCGACAUGCGUCUCUUCCCCUUCGACGCCCAGCGGCUGGUGCUCGUCCUCGGGCUGCGGGCGCGGCGCGACCGCGACCGCGUGCUGGCCUGCCAGUUCUGCCGCGUGGACGAGAGCAUUCGCCUGGAGGAGUGGCAGAUCAUGCGCAGCUUCGCGCACAGCGACUCCCCGGACGGUCGCGCCCGCAUUCAGUUCGGCGUUAUGAUCUCCCGAAGAUAUUGGUACUACCUCGUGAACGUCUUCAUCACUCUGAUUGCCAUCGUCACAUCCAGCUUCACGGGCUUCGUGCUCCCGGACUCGUACAUAUUUGACAGGCUCCGCAUCGGUGUGGCCGUCCUCUUCGCGCAGAUCACUUUUCGGCUCUCGCAGGACAACAAGCUCCCGAAGGUGGCCUACGCCACGAUCUUCGAUCAGUACGCGAUGUUCUGCCAGCUGACUGUGCUGGGCAUUAUCUUUGGUAAUAUCGUGACCAGCAUGCUCGGACAGGGAGUGCUCGGCCAAUCGGCUGUUGCUGCUGCUGGCACUGUGGACCUCGCCUUUGCCUGCCUGUUCUUCUGCAUCUGGACGCUCGGGCAGCUCUGCUGGCUGCUUGGCGUUUCGCGCAGGCGGCACAUGCAGCACCGCUCGCUCUUGCAGCUGGCGAGCUCUGGUGCGGAUUCUGAGCAGCAGGUGGCUGGUUCUGGCGCUGCCCAGCAGCAGUUGGUCAGCCUCCGGAAGGGCCUCCACUACCGAGGGCCCACGUGCGAUCGCAGCUCCGUUCAGGUGGGGCGAAGUGUCGGCCGGGCCGUGUCGGUGGACCUUUACGUGUGGCUCCUCCACGACAUCAGUCCAAUGACGACCACUUUCGAGUGCAAGUUCUCGGUCACGCUCGGGUGGCUCGACGACAAGGCGCGCGGCCUGCCAGAAGGGACGCGGCUGAUGGGCGGGAAGCUCGGCCAGAUCGACGUCCCCGAUCUGGACAUCCACAACAAGGUAGAGUCAGUGCUGGAGGAGGGCCCCUGCGUGCGCGUUGUGUGUUCCACAACUGGCGAGGUGUCGGUGACAUAUCGGUUUCACGCCAAGGUGCAGAUGAAUUUUGACCUACGCCAGUUCCCGUUCGAUUCCCAGCAUCUGCUGCUGAACAUCACGAUGCCCAACGAGAAAGACAAGGACCGCGCCUUUGUGUACCGCAGCCACCAGCUUGACGCCAGCGCCCAGAGCCUUGACGAAUGGAUUAUCCAAGGACACACUAUGUCUCCCGAUGUCAGCGACGACCUUGCAAUGGCCUCGUUUCGAGUUGACAUACGGCGGCGCUCCUUCUUUUACGUCGUGAGCGUGCUGGCUGUCCUGCUGGGGAUCUCGUCCCUGGUCUUCACGGUCUUCGUGAUUCCCAUGCAGCCUGACGGUCUUGACUAUGUGAACCAAGGGAAGAUCCUGGCCCCCCUGUUCAUGACUCUGCUCGCGUUCAAGCUCCUGACUGCGUCUGGCAAGCUGCCCACCGUCGCGAGUGCCACCAACUUCGACCGGUAUAUGCUUGCGUGCGAGCUCAUGUUCUUCGUCACCAUCGUCAUUUGUGGCGUUUCUCGUGAGCUGGCGACGAUGUACGGUGCAUACGUGGUGCAGCCCUAUCGAGUCUACGCGGCUUUGAUGUCAGUCUUCCUGUGGCUGGUCUUCAACGUGUGCUUCGCGCUCGGCGUCGGCGUGCGCCCCACGGUCGGGGGCGGCACGUCGUUGGAGGCUGCCGCGCUGGGGCAGACGCAGCCGUUCUACGGCGACUCCUCGCCGGCCUUCGAGGAGCAGAGCUUGCGGCUGCAGUCCCGGGGCUCUGCUCAGAUCGCAGGCCCGGUCGGCGCGCCCUCGGCGGUGAUGCUGCGCGUCGCGAUGCAGAGCGUGCACUCCGUGAAUCCGGCCGACGGCACUUUCCAGGCCGACUUCGUUGCGGGCCUCGAGUGGCUCUGCCCCGACGCGGUGGGACUAGACGCUGGCUCGGAGCUCUCGGGGGAGCAGCUGGAGUUGCUGCAGCGGCCGAAGCUCAUGGUCCAGAACGCGAUCAGCUGCUCCACCAAGGUCCUGGGCGGCGCGCGCGUCGUCGAUCCCGCCACCGGCCACGUCACCUGCAAGGUGCACGUCAAGGCGCAGGUGCAGGUCCACUUCCAGCUCGGACAGUUCCCGUUCGACGAGCAGGUCUUGGAAGUGGUCCUCAUACUCCCCGACAUGGGCGACAAGCACAGGAGCCUUGUGAUCGAGCACCUCGACUGCGCAGACGUGGCGCGGUUGGGCGAGUGGGUCGUGCUCGGCGAUGUGUCGUCAUGUGGCCGCCGUCAGGGGAUCUCGUGGGCCUCGGUGGGAGUCCAGAUCCGCCGCUCAAGCCGCUACUACGUCCUGAACCUGGUGUCGUUGAGCCUGUGGGCCACCUUCGGCUUCGCCAUCUACGCCCUGGAGGUGGACGAUUUCCAGAAUAGGGGCAAGAUCCUGGUGGGCGUGCUGCUGGUGCAGAUUGUGUCGAAGCUCGUGGUGUCCAGCAAGCUGCCGCGCAUCGCUCGUACCACCCUCUACGACCGCGUCGCGCUGAACAAUCUGGCCAUGCUCUUCUGCAUCGGCUGCAGCGCCGCGCUCUGCUGCGUUCUCAACAGCGCGGAGGGCUACGAGGAGUUCAGCCGGGUCUGCGACCUGUCUCUCGCUUGCGCCGUCCUGCUGCUGUGGGUGGUGCUCAGCGCCAGCACCGCGCUUCAGGCUCGUGGGGGGCCUGCGGCCAGCCGCCACAGGGCCGGGGAGUCCGCUCCAGAUCCUGUUGCAGGCAAGGAGGAGCCCCAGACCGACGACGCGGCCGCCGUCGCCCGGGAGGUCGCUAUCAUGCGCCCCUCCGUGCAGCCAGAGCCCGCCGCGGGCGCGGAGGAUGGCCUGCAGCUCGGCCGCCGCCCGAGCGGCGUCCCCGCCGCCGCGCAGGACUGCGGGGCGGCCGUCUCCAUCGGCGCCACGGUCCAGUUCCUCACCGAUCUGGACACCGUCUCCGGCACCGUCGAGUGCAAGUUCCAUGUCUUCUUGGACUGGAAGGUCGGCCAGGGAGCGAUGCGCAUGCAGAGGCACGGGCGCAUCAGCAGGCGCACGUCCCACGGCGGCAGCGGAGAAGAGCAGAUGGCCAUACCGCAGAUCAAGCUCCUGAACGCGACCAAGAUCAUGAUGGAGGACUACUCCGACGUGAGCGUCGUGGAUGUCGCGACGGGGCACGUCUCUUGCCGUGUUCAGUUCCACGCGCGCAUCCACAACAAGUUCGACCUGCGCAGCUUCCCCUUCGACUGCCAGAGGCUGCAGGUGGAGCUCGAGCUCCAGGGCUGCCCGGGCCGCUUCCUGGUGGGCGGCCGCUGUGGGAGCAUCGACCAGAACGGCAACCUGGACGGGUGGACGCUGCGGGCCACCUCGCUCGACGUCGACGGUGGGGGUCUGCCGCCUCGGCGCGCACGCGUCUCGAUGCUGGUGGAGCGGAGCUCGCGGUACUACCUCGUCCAGGUCAUCGCCAUCUUCGCUUGCUUGGCCACGCUGGUUUUCUCAUUCUACGUGGUUGAGGCGCAGUUCCUGGACAAGCGAAUCGUGGACGCGCUCAAGAUCGUCCUGACGAUGACCACCUUCCGGUUCUCGGUGGAGCACAGGUUGCCCAGGGUCCAGCAUUGGACGCCAUUCGACAUCUAUCAUGUGUCCUGCCAGGUCCUCUGCACGUGCAUCAUAGUCUCUUUUAUCGUGGCCAAGUUGGGCGAUAAGGACGGCAUGCGGCACUGCCAGACGCGGGAGAAGGAGGUAUAUGUGAUCGCGUUCCUGUCUUGCGCGUGGGUCGCAUGGCACAUCUGCUGCGGCAUUCACUCGCUGCGCCUCAAGGGCCGCGAUCUACGCCACCUGGCUCGGCCUUCCGAGCUACGACGCACGCGGGCACACCUGUCGCAGCAGUCGUCAGCACACCCAGUAGUGGAGGCAGAGGUGCCCUCAGCGCCAGCUCGGCAGCUAGCAGCACUGCCCAGAGAGGCCGCUGACGGGAGCGGCCUGGGCACUCUGGCAGCGCCGGGAGGCCACCUCGGUGUGGCGAGACCCCGGGACUCGGCGUUCGGCCAAUCAGUUCAGGAGACGCAAGUAAUCUCCAUCGCCUUCCGCAUUUGGCUCGUGCGCAACGUGGACCUCGUCACAGGCACUUUCGAGUGUAAGUUCCGCGUCUUCCUGGAAUGGGUCGACGUCAACGCGGUAGGCCGGCCCAAGGGCCAGAAGGCCAAGCUGCCGGUGCCCGACAUCACGAUCACCAACGCCAUCCAGUCGCAGCUUUUGGAUGCCAGCUCGGCGCCCGAGGUAGUCAACCCAGACACCGGCCACCUUGCUGCACAGAAGCUCUACAAGUGCACAAUGCGGAUGGAUCAGGAGGUGCGGCAUUUCCCUUUCGACUGGCAGUGGCUCGCCAUCACCGUGAGCAUGCGCGACGAGGGCGAGUUCAACCGGCCCUUCUUCUUCCAGUACUGCGAGAUGGAGGGCCAGCUGCAACUGGACGAGUGGCACGUUCACGACCAGCCCGCGUUCACAACCCUCAGCAAGCACGACGCGCCCAGCAGCGAGGACACUGUGAUGUGUGGCAUUCUCAUCCGGCGCCAGCCCCGCUACUACGUUGUCAACAUCUUGUUCAUGCUGGGGCUCAUCACGUCUUUGUGCUUUUCCAUUUAUCCAGAGGGCGUGUUCUCUCCCAGUCACGCUGUUCUGGGAGCGCGCCGAGGUCUUCUUGGGCAUCUUUCCCUUGAUCGUCAUCUUCAAGAUGUCCGCGCAAGGCAAGCUGCCGCGCGGUGGCUCGUCCACGCAGUUCGACCGCUACGCGCAGGCGUGCACGCACCUGUUCUUGCUGAUCGUGUUCGAGGCGAUGCUGGCCUCCUUGGCCGUCAUCGCCCCCACGUGGGCCAUCUGCUCGGAGACCCCACUUGCGGGGCUCGACGGCGAUUUAGUGCAGUUCGUCUCCAUCAUGGAGAAGUGGUUCUGGUGGGCACUCUGCCUACUGUGGAUCGGAUGGAACGUGCGCUUCGCGGCGCAGGCGUGGCGCGUGCGGCAGCUUGGGCCUUUGCAGGCCUUGGGCAGCAGGGUCCCGAUCCGGCUGCAGGACGAGGAGUGGAUCGCUGGCUGUUCCGCUGCCGACCCGGAUUGCGGCGGCCUCGCGCCGGGCCUCUGCGAGCAGGCCGCGUCGGAGCGGGUCACCAGCAGCAGCUUCGUCUCCAAACUUGGUCGCCUGAGCGACAAGACGGGCGCGUGAUUCCGCCCUGCCGGCUCCCUCCCAUGACUCUGCUGCGCCUGUUGCGCCACCUGCUCCUACCCAUCCGCUUCCUCCCCCCUUCGUCGCUCCCCUGUUCUGGACUUGCUCUGGCCCUUCGCUUAGCGUCGAGGCCUGCUGAGCCCCAAUCUUUUCGGCUCAGCCGGACGGCCGGACGGCCAGUCGGCCAGACCUCGAAUUAGAGAUAGGCGCCUCCUGGCAGGAGGCGGUGGAGGAGAAGAGACGGCGGGCGGGUAGGGUGAGGGAGUGUGUUGUUUUUUUGUGUGCUUUGUGUUUUUUCCCACAGAGCAGUGGGCGGUGCUUCCCAGUUUGCGUUCCCUCUCCUUCGCUCUCGUUUCACUCCGUUGAGAGAGGGGCGCCACCGCGGGCGACUGCUCUCCCCUAGGGGCAGGCGAGCCGUGCUGCUCUCUCCGUCCUCGCCCCACACGGCGCGGGUCGCGGGAGCAGUGCCUGUCGGGCGUGUGCGAUUGGAAGCCGCAGCCGAGCAAAACAGCGCC